AUGGAAUUUCCACAACCACUCUCACCUAAGAAGGAAGAAAAUAUUACUGCUAUUUCCACAACAACCACUACCACUACUACUCCCCAAAAUAUGAAUACUCCUGUUCAAACACCGAACAGUGAUGACAAUACAAAUUCAAAUGAAAAUCCCAUUGAAGACUCAAAUACUACUACAACUGACACCUUCACCUCCACUACUACUACUAUAGAUCAAAAUAUUUCACCAGAUAUAAAAGAAUUAGAUUCACCACAGGAUAAUAAUAAUAAUAAUAAUAAUAAUAAUAAUAAUCCAUUAUCAGAUAAUAUAGAUAAUAAAGAUGAACAACAAAAUGAAAAUACUGACACUUCAAAUAAUGAUGCAAAUGAAAAAAAUACAAAAAAUUCAGAUUCCUCAAAUGAAACCGAUAAAGAUAAAAUUACCAACACAGAAAGCACUUCCAAUGAUAGUAAUAUUCCUAUAAUCGACCCUGCCACUACUAAACCUGCUCCUCCUCCCCCACCAGAACCUGAUAUGAAUAACCUACCAGAUGACCCUAUCCCUGAGCACCAAAAAAGGCAUGCUUUGAUGGCUAUAAAAGCAGUGAAAAGAUUAAAGGACGCUAAACCAUUCUUAUUGCCUGUAGAUACCGUUGCUUUAAACAUCCCUUUUUAUUACAACUAUGUUAAACGUCCAAUGGACUUGUCCACCAUCGAAAAAAAACUAAAUGUUAAUGCCUAUGCCACACCAGAAGAAAUUACUGAAGAUUUUGACAGAAUGGUAAAUAAUUCAAUAAUUUUUAAUGGCGCAACAUCUGUCAUCUCCCGAAUGGCAAGAAAUAUUCAAGCAGCUUUCGAAAAACACAUGCUAAAUAUGCCUGCAAAGGAAGCUGUGAUUUUAGGUAAAAGCUCUAGGCCUAAUAGAAAAGCAGGUAGUGUUUCUAAUGAUACUAAAAAUACAUUUACUACUACCACUACCACUACUACUACUGCUAAUACAACAACCAAUAGUAAUAGUAGUAAUAGUGCCGGUAAAGGUAGAAAAAGAAGUAGAAAUACCGUAGAUCCUGAUCAACCUGUAGUUAUUAGACGAGCACCAACACACAACGGUAGACCAAAGAGACAGAUCCAUCCUCCUAAAUCUAAAGACAUUUAUCCAAUUGAAAAUAAAAAACCUAAAUCUAAAAAAUUACAACAAGCAAUGAAAUUUUGUGGUUCUGUUUUAAAAGAAAUGAUGUCAAAGAAAUAUUCAAGCUUCAAUUACCCAUUUUUGGAGCCAGUUGAUCCUGUAGCAAUGAAUAUUCCCACGUAUUUUGAUUAUGUGAAACAUCCAAUGGAUUUAGGUACUAUGCAAAACAAGUUAUCAAAUUGGGAAUAUCAAUCCUUAGAAGAAUUCGAAAAAGAUAUGAAAUUGGUGUUUAGCAAUUGUUACGCAUUCAAUCCCGAUGGAACAAUUGUCAAUAUGAUGGGUCAUCGUUUAGAAGAGGUGUUUAAUUCUAAAUGGGCAGAUAGACCAAUUUUUUCCAAUUAUAAUGAUGAUGAAUAUGACAAUGAUAAAAACGGUAACAAUAACCUUAAUAAUAAUAACAACGAUAAUGAUGUCAUAUAUGAUGAAAAUGACAAUGAUCGGUACGAUGAUGACGACGACAUUGAUGAAACCGCAAUUACAAACCCUGCUAUUCAAUAUUUAGAAGAGCAAUUGGCCAGAAUGAAAGUUGAAUUACAAGAAUUAAAAAGACAGGAAAUUGAAAGAAUUAGAAAAGAAAGAAGAUUAUUGAGAGGCCAAAGUAAUACUGCUAAAUAUCAACAAAGGUCAACAAAUAGAAGGCGGAUGAAUAAUAAAAGAAGCGGAGGACCAAACAAAUCUAGUAAGUUAAACCGCGAUAGAAAAAGAUUAAAGACUGUUGUAACUUAUGAUAUGAAAAAAUGCAUUACAGAACAUAUCAAUGAUCUUUCUUCCACUAACUUGGAGAAAGUUAUCAAAAUAAUUAUGCCAAAUAACGUUGGCCAAGAAGAAGUGGAGUUAGAUUUAGACACAUUGGAUAAUGAUACCAUCUUAACCUUAUACAACACAUUUUUCAGACAAUUCGAUGAAUCUGCCAGCAACAAUGGUAAUGCCAAUAACUUAAGUGAUCAUAAUGACCAUAGAGACUAUUCACCAUUAUCUCCAAAUUCUACUAUAAAUAACAAAAAGAGAAAAUCAAGACAAUUGAGUCAAGAAGAAGAGUCAAGACAAAUUGAAAAGAUUAAGAACAAAUUGGCUUAUUUGGAACAUGCUUCUCCGUUAAGCUCUAAUGGAUCACCAACGAAUAUGAAAACAAACCCUCUAAAUAAGGCAUCCUUAUCUAUAUCCACAUCUUCCUCUUCCUCAAGUGAUGAUGAUGACGAUGAAAGUGAAAGUGAAGAGGAGUAA